CGUCUCACUUUCGUCCCCAAACCCCUCUUGUAGUUUGGACUACGCAUACCCUAACUCUCUCACCCACAUAAUAAUAUCUCUCUAGAUAUAUUUACACACAUUUUAUCUCUCUGUGUGAUCAGUCAGCGAUAAAACGAUAAUAAAUAUACAGAGAACAUAUAUAUAUAGGAAUCAAUCAACUAGACCACCCUAGAAAACCUAACAAUGAAACACCACCACCACCACCAAAACUUGCCGUCCUCCGCCGCUGACGCUGCCGUGUCUUCCUGCGAUGCUACCCCCAUGACUUUAUCAUCGACGUGUUCAUCACCGCACCAGCAAUCCCCUCCUCCUGAGAAGCCUUCCCUAGCGGUCGAGGAUCCGUCGAGGGACGUGGCAUCCACCUCUGCCAUCGCCACGACGGCAUCUUCGGAGUCGGUGGUGGUGGAGAUGCGGGGGGACUAUUCUGCUAUUUGCAAGUGGACCAUCGCCAAUUUCCCGAGGGUCAAGUCGCGCGCCUUGUGGAGCAAGUACUUUGAGGUUGGCGGCUACGACUGCCGUUUGUUAAUCUACCCCAAGGGUGACUCGCAGGCGCUGCCUGGUUACCUUUCCAUUUACCUUCAAAUCAUGGACCCCCGCAACACCGCCUCUUCUAAGUGGGAUUGCUUCGCCAGCUACCGCCUCGCCAUUGACAAUCCCUCGGAUCCCUCGAAGUCCGUGCAUCGUGACAGUUGGCACCGAUUCUCCUCCAAGAAGAAGUCCCAUGGCUGGUGCGAUUUUGCCUCCCUUAACUCCCUAUUAGACCCUAAGCUUGGCUUCCUGCAUUCCUCGAAUGAUUGCAUUCUCAUUACCGCAGAUAUUUUAAUCCUCCAUGAGUCCUUUUCCUUUGCACGUGAUAAUUAUGAUUUGCAGUCGAAUAAUGUGUCAAAUAUGGCCGGGAGCGGGGUUGUGGGGCCAGUUGUAGGGGAUGUUUUGAGUGGGAAGUUUACUUGGAAAGUGCAUAAUUUUAGUUUGUUUAAGGAGAUGAUAAAGACACAGAAAAUAAUGAGCCCUGUUUUCCCGGCUGGGGAGUGUAAUUUACGAAUUAGUGUUUAUCAGAGUAUUGUUAAUGGAGUGGAGUAUUUGUCCAUGUGUUUGGAGAGUAAAGAUACAGAGAAGAAUGCGAUGGCGUUGGAUAGGAGUUGCUGGUGUUUAUUUAGGAUGUCAGUGUUGAAUCAGAAGCCUGGUAAUGGUUUGAAUCAUGUGCAUAGGGAUAGCUAUGGGCGGUUUGCUGCAGAUAAUAAGACCGGAGAUAACACGAGUUUGGGGUGGAAUGACUAUAUGAAGAUGGCAGAUUUCAUGGGGUCCAGCUCAGGCUUUUUGGUGGAAGAUACGGCGGUUUUUAGCACGUCAUUCCACGUGAUUAAGGAGUUGAGUAGUUUCUCGAAGAGUGGUACACUGAUUGGUGGGAGAAAUGGUGGCAAUGUGAGGAAAGCAGAUGGGCAUGUGGGGAAGUUUACAUGGAGAAUUGAAAAUUUUACACGGUUGAAGGACCUUUUAAAGAAGAGGAAGAUUACAGGGCUUUGCAUUAAGAGCAGGAGGUUUCAGAUUGGGAAUCGGGAUUGCCGACUUAUUGUUUACCCCAGAGGGCAGUCACAACCUCCAUGCCACCUUUCUGUAUUUCUUGAAGUCACAGACUCACGAAUUGCUAAUGGUGAUUGGAGUUGUUUUGUGAGCCAUCGUCUAUCAGUUGUGAACCAGAGGAUGGAGGACAAGUCAGUCAUGAAGGAAUCUCAAAAUCGAUAUUCCAAGGCUGCCAAGGACUGGGGUUGGCGUGAGUUCGUGACACUCACCAGUCUCUUUGACCAAGACUCUGGAUUUCUAGUCCAGGACACUGUUGUCUUCUCUGCUGAGGUUCUUAUACUGAAGGAGACUUCCAUAAUGCAGGACUUCACUGAUCAGGAAACUGAGUUGGGAAAUGUCAGUUCUCAGUUUGAGACUGUUGGUAAAAGGAGUUCAUUCACAUGGAAGGUUGAGAACUUCUUGUCCUUCAAGGAAAUAAUGGAAACGCGAAAAAUAUUUAGUAAAUUUUUUCAAGCUGGUGGAUGUGAGCUUCGGAUUGGUGGGUGGAUUUUCCUCGAUCUUGACUUUUUAACGUUGAAACUUCCAUAUCUUCUCUUGGUGUUCAUUCUGAUGACUAAUUUUGAGUUUUUCAUCAACACCACAUUUGUUCUUGCAGGAGUUUAUGAGUCUUUUGACACCAUAUGCAUAUAUUUGGAGAGUGACCAAUCAGCUAGCAGUGAUCCUGAGAAGAACUUUUGGGUCAAAUACAAAAUGGCUAUAGUGAAUCAAAAAACUCAAUCUAAAACUGUUUGGAAGGAGUCAUCUAUAUGCACUAAGACAUGGAACAAUUCUGUUCUUCAAUUCAUGAAGGUGUCUGACAUGUUGGAAGCUGAUGCAGGAUUUCUUGUACGUGAUACAGUUGUAUUUGUUUGUGAGAUCCUGGACUGCUGUCCCUGGUUUGAGUUUGCUGACUUAGAGGUUUUGGCUUCUGAAGAUGACCAAGAUGCUCUGACAACUGACCCUGAUGAACUCAUUGAUUCUGAUGACAGUGAAGGAAUAAGUGGAGAUGAGGAAGACAUCUUCAGAAAUCUUCUUUCUAGAGCAGGGUUUCACCUUACUUAUGGAGAUAAUCCUUCUCAGUUGCAGGUCACAUUGAGAGAGAAACUUCUUAUGGAUGCUGGGGCAAUAGCUGGUUUUUUGACUGGACUUCGGGUUUAUCUCGAUGACCCUGCAAAAGUUAAACGCUUGCUUCUUCCUACAAAGAUAUCUGGAACUAAUGAUGGGAAGAAGAUCAAUAAGAAUGACGAGUCUUCUCCUAGUCUGAUGAAUUUACUAAUGGGAGUAAAAGUUUUGCAACAAGCAAUCAUUGAUUUACUUCUAGAUAUAAUGGUUGAGUGUUGCCAACCCUCAGAAGGAAGUUCGAAUGAUGAUUCUUCAGAUAUGAGCUCCAAACCUUCCCCAGAUGGAAGUGGAACAAUUAGUCCAGUGGAAAGUAGUAGAGAUGAUGGAGCUACAGAAUCUGCCCAGCUUCCCACAUGUGAGAGAUUUGAUUCAGGAAUAGAUGAAACCAUAAAUGCAUCUGCUGUACAAAGCUCAGAUGUUAAUGGAACUAAUAUACCUUCUAAAGCUGAUCCUGGACAGCCUACUUGUCCACCAGAAACAUCUGCUACCGAUUCGUUCGAAAAUCCUUCCUUGCGGUCCAAGUGGCCGGAGCAAUCGGAGGAGCUUCUUGGAUUGAUAGUGAACUCGUUGAGGGCACUUGAUGGAGCCGUUCUACAAGGUUGUCCAGAACCAAAAAGAAGGCCACAGUCUGCACAAAAGAUUGCUCUUGUAUUGGAUAAAGCUCCAAUGCAUCUACAACCAGACCUGGUUGCUUUGGUUCCGAAAUUAGUUGAGCAUUCAGAACAUCCACUUGCUGCUUCUGCACUUUUAGAUCGUCUUCAGAAGCCAGACGCAGAACCUUCACUGCGUUUGCCUGUUUUUGGAGCACUUAGUCAGUUGGAAUGUAGCAGUGAAGUUUGGGAACGUGUUCUUUUUCAGUCGUUAGAGCUUUUGGCUGAUUCUAAUGACGAACCUCUUGCGGCGACAGUGGACUUUAUAUUCAAAGCUGCAUUACAUUGCCAACAUCUUCCUGAAGCAGUAAGGUCUGUUCGAGCCAGGCUAAAAUAUUUAGGCACUGAAAUCUCUCCAUGUGUCUUAGAUUAUUUGAGUGGAACUGUAAAUAGUUAUGCAGAUAUUGCUGAAGCUAUUCUUCGAGAUAUUGAUAGUGAUGAUGAUUUUGGUGACAUUCCUUCCCCAAUCCCUUGUGGACUUUUCAUAUUUGGUGAAAGUGGGUCUAGUUCUGAAAGACUACAUAUAGUGGAAGAGCAAGCAUUCCGUGCUAGACAUCAUUUUACUGACAUCUAUAUCCUAAUUGAGAUGUUAUCUAUCCCUUGCCUUGCUGUUGAAGCCUCCCAAACUUUUGAGAGAGCUGUAGCACGUGGAGCUUUUGUUCCUCAGUCUGUAGCCAUGGUCUUGGAAAGACGCCUUGCUCGCCGUUUGAAUUUGAAUGCACAAUAUAUUGCUGAGAGUUAUCAGCAACCGGAUCUAGUUGUAGAGGGAGAAGCCCUUGAGCAACUGACGGCCCAACGAGAUGAUUUCACCUCGGUUCUUGGUCUUGUGGAGACAUUAGCACUCUCUAAGGACCUGUGUGUUAAAGUAUUUGUAAAGAUGCUGUACCCUAUGUUGUUCAAAUGGUAUGCUGAUGAGUCUUACAGAAUUAGAAUGCUUAAGAGACUUGUCAAUCGUGCUACAAGUACUGCAGAUAGUAGUCGUGAAAUAGAUUUGGAUUUGGAUAUUUUGGUGAUCUUGGUGUGUGAGGAGCAAGAAAUAGUUAGACCAGUGCUGAGCAUGAUGCGAGAGGUUGCUGAACUUGCAAAUGUUGAUCGGGCAGCUCUUUGGCAUCAGUUAUGUGCCAGUGAAGACGAGAUUCUUCAUGUUCGUGAUGAAAGAAAAGCUGAAAGUGCAACUAUGUCUGAAGAAAAAGCUAUUUUGUCUCAAAGGCUGAGCGAGUCGGAGGCUACUACUAGCCGCCUAAAGUCCGAGAUGAAGGCUGAGACAGAUCGUUUUGCUCGAGAAAGAAAGGAGCUUACAGAACAGAUACAAGAAUUUGAGUGUCAACUUGAGUGGGUUCGCUCAGAACGAGAUGACGAAAUCACAAAGCUUAUGGCAGAGAAGAAAUUUUUUCAAGAUCGUUUACAUGAUGCAGAGACACAGCUCUCCCAAUUGAAGUCUAGAAAGCGUGAUGAAUUGAAGAGGGUAAUGAAGGAGAAAAAUACUCUUGCUGAAAGGCUAAAGAGUUCUGAAGCAGCACGGAAAAUAUUUGAUGAUGAACUGAAACGAUAUGCUGCAGAAAAUGUCACUCGAGAAGAGAUUCGGCAAUCACUUGAGGAUGAAGUUCAUAGGCUGAAACAAACAGUUGUGCAAGCUGAAGGAGAGAAGCGUGAGAAGGAGGAACAUGUUGCUCGAUGCAAGGCAUAUAUUGAUGCGAUGGAAUCCAAAUUACAAGCCUGCGAGCAAUAUAUACAUCAUGUCGAGGCUCAGCUUCAGGAAGAAAUGUCACGACACGCCCCUCUGUAUGGUGCCGGUUUGGAAACUUUAUCAAUGAAGGAGUUGGAGACGUUGUCACACAUUCAUGAAGAAGGACUUCAACAGAUACGUGCCAUCCAGCACCAUAAAGGAAGUCCAGCUGGCAGUCCUCUUGUAAGUCCCCACAACCUUCCACCCACGCAUGGGUUGUACCCAGCUGCUCCGCCGCCAAUGGCGGUAGGAUUGCCCCCUUCAAUAAUCCCAAAUGGAGUUGGGGUCCACAGUAAUGGGCAUGUAAAUGGUGCGGGUGGACCCUGGUUCAGUCGUUCUUGAAAAUGGGGCAACUUCGUCCUGUGGCAAGAUACUACCUAUUAACAGCUCGGUAGCUUUCCAAGAUAAAGGGAUUCUUAUCUUUUUCUGAAUUUUUUUUUUUUUUUUGGGCAUUUUGGCUGGUGGACCUGUGAGUGUUCGGUACAUAUUCUUAUGCUACCUGGGCAUGUGAGUCCAAUAGAACUAACAGUUGCAAAUGCCAUAUUUGAGUCGAUCCUCACUUAAAUUAAUUGAAAUCAUCGAGAAAGUUUUGUUUUCUCAUCUAACUUCUUUGCAUUUUCUUU